AUGGCAGAAAGAAUUGUAAAGAAGUUAGAAAUUCUAAAUGAGCAAGCAAAGGUACUUUUGGCCACAAGAAUAAAGGAAAACAGUGUUCAGAGUUACAUAAGGAAGACUUUUGUUAGACCCCUGACAUUUGAUUUUCAAUUGGAAUCCAAAGAGGCUAUUUCUGCUACAUCUACAUCUGUGACAGUAUCACAGAGCAGAGAAGACAAGCCACACAGUAUUACAAAAACUAAAAGCUAUGUCUCCUUAAAAAAUAAGCCUAAACCGAGAAAGAGUGAUUUUGAGAAGUUAAAAUUAAGAUUACAUGCUGCGCCAACAAAUAUAAAAAAUCAAGAAAACAAAUCAACAGCUCAAACUGAAAAAAAACCUAAGGAAUCAUUUGGUUCUGUUGUCUACUUAAAAGAUUAUGCAUAUAAAAGAAUUGAAUAUCAUUCAGAAGGAACGAAAAGCUUGCUACCCUUAUGCUUGGAGGAUGAAUUGAAAAAGCCAAACACCAAGAUAAUCAACAUUAGUCCUGCAAAGACAGUAAUAAGAAUAUCUGAACAAAAUGAUACAAAUCCCAUAAUUUUUCAUGAGACUAGAUAUGUACAAAUGUUUCUUUUGACAAGAAAUAGGUUUCUGCUUGAAUUUAUGGAAAAUAAAAUCAGUGAACCACAGAAAAGAGUAAAUUUGGUUUUAGAAAGAAAUCGUGAAAUUCUCAAACCUGUAACUAAUAAUCAAAGGAUUACUUCUUCCAAACCUAAAAGAACCAUGCCUACAGCAUGGAGGAAGCGUAUGCAAGUGAUAUCUUUUGAAAUGGGUUGCAGAGUUAUAGAAGAUAAACUAAAGAAAAGUAUUGCGCAAACAUCCAAAAACAUAUCUGAGAAAUCCUAUAAUUUCUCAGAGCCUUUUUCCAGCCUAACAAAAACAUUUGUAGGUUUACUUGGUAAAACUGUCAUUGAAGAAACAAGUGCUAAAAUUGGCAAAUUUGAAAGAAUGUUGUCUACAGUAAAACCAACGAGCAAAUUCAGUGCUUCACCUGUCGAAUGUUGUUCAAAGCCUUUAAAAAACAAACUCCAAGUCCAUAUAAUACAAACUGUAACUCCACUGGAUGAUUUGCUAACCUUGUCAAGUGAAAAUUAAAUGCCUCAUAAAAUAUUUUUUGCGGUAAUACUUGAGUAACAAGAAGCAAAGAACAAAGUUUCAAGAUCAUAGAAGAAAUUCUUGUCUAAAUAGUACUGUUCUAAUGGAUGGCAUAUAAAUUGGAGUU